GGCCUUCUGGAUUGGCCUCAGACGUGUGGAUAAAUCACAGGAAGAGUUUGUGUGGGCUGAUGAAACGACUCCAACAUACACCAACUGGGCAGUCAAUGAACCAGACUUAAGCAGGGACAAAGACUGUGUGGUGAUGAGGCCAGGCGACUUCAAGUGGAGGACCAGCUAUUGUGAAAGGGAGGAGGUGUAUUUGUGCGAGGACGAAAACUACAAGUACUCCAGCGUGGUGACAGAAGAGACCAAGCUGAAGGGAAUCUUCAUGGGCCUAGGAGUCAUAGCCGCCAUCUUGCUGGCCUGCUGCCUUCUGCUACAGCUGCCAUGUUGCCGUACCUCAGUCACGCAGAAAAUCGCGCACAUCGGAUUCGGUAUGCGAAAUCCGGAUACAAACGGUCUGCUGUGAAUAGAGAAGAUCGCGCACAUCGGAUUCGGUCUGCAAAAUCCGGGUAUAAACGUUCUGCUGUGAACAGAGAGGUGGCCAGCCCUGACGACGGGCAGAAUCAGAUGACGUCUUUUUUUUUUAAAUAUAAUACUACUGUGUGUCUUCAAUAUCGUUGUUUGAAGCUUGGGGAGAGUGGGAUUUUUUUUUUGGGGGGGGGGGUGGUGGUCUCUUGUUUGUGGUAGGUCUUUAAUUGUAAGAUUUUGUUUCUAUUUUCUACAAUAUGGAUGUUGGAAUGGUGUUAUCACGUCAGCAAAAUGAGGAGGGAAAAAACUGGCGGGGAUGGUGUCUAUUCCUCUUGACGGUCGUGUGUAGUUAAGCAUGCAUCUAGACACAUUAUCAUGUCUUUGUAUUAUUGUAUUUUGUACUUUUGGUAUAUCAACUUUAAAAAAUGGCGUAAGCCCAGGGGGAGAAUUAAAAUAAUAGGUACACUUUUACAGCGAUCUGGACACAAACUGCCUCCCCAAGAAAUGAAGACCGGUACACAUGAAAAAAACCUUUCUCUUUGACCUAUGUGAUUGUGACUAUUUCUUACUUACAGACUCUAACAUAAAUUAUUGACCACCAUGACAGACAGCCCUGAUUUGUUUUUAAUCCGAAAAAAAA